GGCGGAAGUUGCGUCAGAUCCGUCCUCCUCAACUGGCGGGAUUUGCUUUCACGUUUUAUAAGCGUUGAGAAGUUUGUUGUGAACACCGCUUCAAGCUCCAGCCAAACAGCACGGUUUACGAACAAAAAUGAUGGCUACAAAUGGAAAAGAAACCUGCGAGGAGACGAAGGUGAACGGCGUCGCAGCGGAGCAGUUCAAGACGCUCCAAAACGGGCAACCGGAGCCGGGAAGCGCUACUACUUCCACUGAGAACAGCCGGUUUACCUUCAGCUCGGAGCCCACCAUGGAGGACAUUAGGCGCUUGCAGGCGGAGUUCACCGACGAGCGCGACUGGAAUAAGUUUCACCAGCCCCGGAACCUGCUCCUGGCCAUGAUCGGGGAGGUGGGCGAGGUAUCGGAGCUGUUCCAGUGGAAGGGAGAGGUGGCGGAGGGGCUGCCCGGCUGGAGCGAGGCCGAGCGGGAGCAGCUGGCGCACGAGCUCAGCGACGUGCUCAUUUACCUGGUCGAGCUCGCGGAAAAGUGUCGCGUGGACCUGCCUCGCGCCGUGCUCAAGAAAAUGGCGCUAAAUAAGUUGAAAUACCCCGCUAGCAAAGUACACGGUUCUGCCAAAAAGUACACAGAAUACACGGACUGAGUACUGGGGUGCUGGCAACUGAAGGGACAUUUGUUGCAAUAAUGUCUACUGCUACUGGACUGCCAAAUAUGGACCUUUUAAUGUAAACUGUUUUAGAGUUUUACAGUUGAACGAGUCAGCUGCUGUUCUGUCAAUAAUGUUUUUAUCCUAUAAGUUGGUGCUUAAAGAUCGCAUAUUGUGCCAUUUUUAGAUUUAUGUAAUGUUUCUUGGUCCAAAACAUACAUGGAGUUGUUUAACACACAAACCCUGCAUAUUUAGGCAGAGUUCUCACAUUUUUGAGCUUUGGAGAUGUAUAUAGCCUAAUAAUAUAAUUUACUCAAUUACUCAAAUGUGUGUUAAUGAACCAAAACACCACUCCAAGUAUGUUUUUGAGGAGGUAACUUUAUAACAUGGCUUAAAGCUCAUAAGAAUCCAUUUUGUGUACAAUUACAUAGGACUUUUUUAGAGCACAUUAAGUAUGCACUUGUGUGAAAAGUUGGCUGAAAGUUUUUAAAUCCUGUUUUUAGCCAGAUAAGUCAAUUUUCACUGGCCCAGUAGAGCAAACUGGGCAACUGCGCCUUUGGGGGGAAAAACUGUUUUCUGUGACCUAUUUAGAUGUUCUGCUGCAAGUGGGACUGGCAGCACCACUACUCUGCAUCUUGAUGGCACCAGAAAAGUGUCAACUGUGUGGUUUUGUCAUCUGAGUGAAAAAAGAAUGCAGUACUGUGUGGGAAGUCUUUGUUCUUUUCAGCUGGGGUGGGGGUGUCAUAUUUUUUGGUUACAUAACAGCUGUCACCCAUUUUUCCAAAAGUAAAAUUGGCGUAACUCAC